AUGCCCGUGGCCCACCGUCAGAAGGCCAUGCCCGUGGCCCACCGUCAGAAGGCCAUGCCCGUGGCCCACCGUCAGAAGGCCAUGCCCGUGGCCCACCAUCUGAAGGCCACGCCCACAGCUCACCUAACUUUCGUUAUCGACUGUGCUAGUGGGAAACAGCUCUCCCUGGCAGCACCCCCUGUGCCACCCCAAGCCCCCGGUCCUUACCUAGGACUUGUCACCCCUCCAAUGAAGACCUAUAUCUUGUUCUGUGGGGACAGCCAGCCACAUCUGACUCAGGAGGCCUCCCUGGGUGGGGGGCCCCUUGCCCAGGCCAGGGGCACCCUGCCACCCUGCAGAGGGACUGCGGCCCCAGCUUCCUCCCCACUCAGCCCACUAUGCGCCCAGGAGGCCCCUGAAGCCAAGGGGAGCCCCUUAAAGACAAGGCCUGCAAAGUAUUCAGCCUGGGAAACAGUCAGGGGCUUGCUCAAAGCUUUCUCCUCCUGUGUCUGUGGGCAGGCAGAUUGACUGGAACAGCCUGACCGUGGGAGGAGCGGGUUGGC